AUGCAAAGGUCCGAGUGCAACAACCACAGGGCGGUGAAUCAGGCCAAUGCAUCUCGGCACAAACUGGAAGCUACAAGCAUCGGUGGAUGUGUGUGUACCAGACACAGAUGCUUUGUCCCUCAUUCCAUGGUAUAUUUUCAAAAGGGUGAGAGGCAAAUGAACAUGGACUACGUGCUUUGCAAUGCUCUCGGGUACAACACUGAAGGAUUGGAAACUGCUUUGACAUUUUAUGACAUGAAUUGCCAGUACAACAAAUAUCUAUUGCAUGGGGUCAAGGAGAGCCCAUAUCUGGCAAUCCCAUUUGGAAUGGAGAUCAUCCCGGGAAUAGGUCUUUGGCAUGUGCAUGGUCAUGCAUCGCACGGGUAA